GGAUUUUUGGGAUCCAUGUUUCUCAUCAUGUUCUUCCAAUGGGACGUGUUACCAGAAAUGAGAGCAGAGGGGAUCCAUCAGCUGCAGGAACUGAGAAAGAAGCUGCUUAGAGAAACGUGUGAUGGCGACAGAGACAUGUUUACUGAGGGCAAGCACAGUUUAGAUGACUUGAGCAACAAAGAGCUGGAGAACCUAAUUGUGGACGACAAACACUGCAUCAUCUACUGUUACAUUCCCAAGGUGGCCUGUACCAACUGGAAGCGGGUCAUGUUUGUCCUGAACCAGACUGAGCCAUACCCUGACCCCAUGUCCACAUCUGGUGACUUGGUCCAUGAAUACAACACGCUCACUCACUUAAACAGCUUCCCAAGACCAGAGGUUAAGGCAAAGCUGAAACACUACACCAAGUUCCUGUUUGUCCGGGACCCGUUCGUCCGACUCAUCUCUGCCUACCGAGACAAGUUCCUGCGGCGCAAUGAGUACUUCUAUCUCCACUUUGCACGGGACAUUCUGCGCCUGUAUGGUAACCUGACUAAUCCACCAGAGACAGUGGACAAGGCAUUUGCAUCCGGGAUCCACCCCUCAUUUUACAACUUCAUUCAGUACUUGCUGGACCCGCAGACAGAAGAGAAGCGGCCCUUUGAACCCCACUGGAGGCAGAUGUACCGCCAGUGCCACCCCUGCCUCAUCCAGUAUGAUUUCAUUGGCCAUCAGGAGACUCUACAACAGGACGCUGGACAGCUGCUGAAGAUGUUAAAGCUGGGGGACGACAUCAAGUUCCCUCCUUCCUAUGAAAACAUGACUUCCCCUAGUUCUGUGUCGGACUGGUUCAGCACAGUGCCUGUAGAGGACAGGAGGAAGCUGUACGACCUCUAUGAGGGGGACUUCAGGCUUUUUGGCUACGAAAGGCCUGGAGAAUGGCUUGAUUAUUGAGAUGAAGUCAUGAUUCACUCUUCCCUGUGGGCAUAGAAAACCACUAUUUAUUCUGAGCAAAGAACAAUCACUAAGACAAGGGAAAUAUUCAACCAACCUGUUUCUUAAAUAUAUAAAUCCUAAUCUCUGUGCUGGAUUUUUUAUUUUUUUUUUCUCU